AAAAGCGCAAUAGCGUUAAGUAGUACUACGGCGUAAUCGUAUCUUCAUAAAUGAAGUAUAUUUGAUCGGGUUCGAUGUUUAAGCGAUCGAUUUUAUUUUCUGAGGAGACCAUAAAGAAAAUACAUCUGAAAGUACGAUGGCUGUGGAAGGAUUAAGGGAACGUCUGAAAAAUGGAAAAGAUAUCAUAGUGGCUGAAGGCUAUCUAAUGGAGCUAGAGAGGAGAGGAUAUUUGCAGGCUGGCGCUUUUAUUCCAGAAGUCGUAUUAGAACACCCUGAAGUUGUUAAAGGUCUUCAUGAAGAAUUCGUACAUGCCGGAAGUGACGUUGUCGUUGCUUAUACCUAUUAUGGUCAUCGAGCAAAGAUGAAAAUUAUCGGUCGUGAGGACGAUUUGAUGGAGCUGAAUGUCCGCGCCCUGAGAAUGGCGAAGGAAGUGGCGGUCAAGACGGGGACCUUGAUGGCGGGAGACAUCUGUAACACCACCGUCUUUCGUCGAGACGACCCCAAAUCUAUUGAGGAGGUCCGAGAUAUGUUUCGGGAACAGAUCGAAUGGGCAGUGCAGUGUGGUGCUGAUUACAUCAUAGCAGAGCGGUAUGAUGAGUUUGCUGAGGCAAUGCUGGCACUAGAGUGUAUCAAAGAGUAUGGCAAUGGACUGCCUGCAGUUGUCACCCUGACACCGCAAGAAAAAGACGAAACCAAAGACAGGUUAACUUAUCCGGAGGCAUGUAAAAAGCUGGAGGAUGCCGGGGCAGCUGUGGUUGGACUGAACUGUUUAAGAGGACCUGUAACAAUGCUUCCUUUACUGAGAGAGAUCCGAAAAGUGUGCAAGGGACCCAUUGCUGCUCUCCCUGUUCCAUUUCGAACUACUCCAGAAGAACCAACAAUGGAGUUAUUGAUAGAUCCAGACACGGGCAGUCCUGCAUUCCCCGUUGAUCUCCCUAGAUUUUUCUGCAGCAGAAGUCAGGUGGCUGAUUUCGCGAGACAGGCCAGAGAAAUCGGCGUGCAGUAUAUUGGUCUUUGUUGCGGCAAUGCUUCACACUAUACCCGCUUGGUAGCGGAGGAAUACAAUAGACGUCCCCCAGCCAGCAAAUAUGCACCGGAUAUGUCAAAGCACUACAAAUUUGGAAAGAAAACGUUUUUGGAGAAGCAUCACGCAGGUGUUCAUGAUAUGUAAUAUCAUUAGACUAAUUAAAAAUUCCAGUCGGUU